AUAGUUCCUAAAGUAGGGGGUGUGUGUUUCUUUUAUAAAUGUAGAAAGUAAGCAUGAGGUGGAAGCACACUGAUGACACUGAUUUGAAUCAGAGUGCUAUUGUACUUUCUCUUAGAAUGUUUUUUGCCUUCUUAUCCAAGAAGGUCACUUAUUUUGUUUGACCCCAUUUAUUUCUGCAUUUUUCUGUAUAUUUAAUGUGGGAAUAGGAAAUUUGGGAAGUUUACAGUGUAUUCUUUCUUUGAUUUACAGGUAGUCACACACAGUCAUAAAAAUAAUUCAUAGGCAGAUUCCGAUGUUUUUAGGUGCAAUAAAACUGAAUAUGGAAAAUCAAUAAAAUAUUCAGCAGACAUAAUUGCAUCCCUGGCAGUGUAGAGAGAGCUCAUAGACCUCCAUAUGUUUCACAGAAAAUAUAAAUAAGUGGUACAAAGGAUCAUGCUUCACGUGGAACACCUCAGUGCUACAUUAAAUAACUUCUUAAUAAUAUUUUGCAACCCUUCCUUGAUUAUCAUCCUGGUGAACUUGUUUGCCUGCUGCAGGAAAGGCUCCAGUGCUUUUAUUUUUAAGAAAUUAGUCAUAUUUUUUCUUUUUCUUUGUCAUGGUACCUAAGUGUAAAAAAUGUACUGUAUAUGUGGUCAUUUACAUUAACACAAUCCAUGAAUGUUGUCUAAUUUAUUUAUCAUACUAUAAUUUAGCAAUACUUGUGCUUUCUGGUACUAUAUUUGCGUAAAAAAAAAAAGAAAUAUAUAUUUAAAAAGAAAGAGAAUAUAUUUGAAUAGAUAACUAAAUGAAUAUGUAUUUUAAAAAUAAAAAUUCUAUAAAAUAUUGUUAUUCCUACAGUCCUGGAUCCUGAUAAACAGAGGGAGAUAAAUAAUCAUCAUUUUGUUUUUCCUUUCCUUCGACAUGGUACCAAUGUAUACUGAAAUGUAUAUAUAGGCAUUUACAUUAAUAUAACCCAUGUAUGUUGUAUAACUUGGGGCAGCAGUAGCUCAGGGACAUAGGGACUAGGCUCAGGAACUGGAGGGUAACAGGCUCAAGUCUCUGCAUGGACCAAGUAUGGAGUGUGAACUGGAAGCUAAAGAGGUGCCAGUUGGCCUCCUAGACACUGCCGAGGUGCCCCUGUGUCUCUUUUGUUAUGUUUUUGGAUAAGUAUCUUUGUCCUUUUACUUUUAGGCUACUUUUUAAAAUAAUAUUUUCAAAUGCAUGAAUGGAAACCUGAUAUAUUUUUGGAACUGCUUCUGCACUGUAACUUGAGCAUCUUUGCAAAAAAGAGUAAUUAAAUAGAUUAUUAUUAUUACUAAUAAUUAAUUCAUUCAUCUAUCUAUCUAUUUAAAUGUUAUGGCGGUGUUUUGUUUUGACUAGGACUCUCAGUAUUCUGGCUCUGAUAAAUGGAGUGACAUAAAUCAUCAUCAUGUGGGGACCUCCAGAAAACCCUUUAACGACCCUUGAGGCGCCGUGGGCCCCACCUUGGGAACCACUAAUGAUCUGCCAUGACCUAUUCCCUGCCCAGGCUGACCGGUGGCAGACAGGUGGCGCUGGUUCACCGGCGCUGAUGGGUCGGCCAGUCGGGAGAACAGAAGUUUGUUCUGCGCUGUGUUUUUACGCAGGCGCAGAUCACACUGUUUGUCCAGUUUCACUGGUUGACUUUUACCUGUGAGGUAGACCAGUUUCGGUUCGCCGGUGGCAUUAAGCAACAACAACCACCGGGGUCCGGUCCAGAGGUGGCAAGACUUUCCUCCUCCCUCCCCAGCCCCGUGUGACUCCCAUUGCGGAGCGUCGGACGGGAUUUCUCCGGGAAUUCAGAGUCGGUGCGCAACAGCGAGCGAAGCAGGAGGCAGGUGCACGGGAGAGGACAGGACAGGGGGAGGAGGAGGGCUGCUUGUAUUUCCGUGAGGGAGUCCUGUCGUUCACACCGGGCCCAAUGAUUGGAAAUCAACUGGUUGGCGCCUCGGUGGUCGAUGUGUGUUAGUUUCAUUAGUAUGCGGCUGGAGUCCCCCCGCUGCUGCCGACAUUCAGCCUGAGGACUGAUCGGCAGCCCUGAAGUCUCCCCCGUGCCUGCUAAGUGACUCCUCGCCCCGGGGAGGACGAGGAGGAGGAGAAGGAGGAGGAGGAGGCGGCGGCAGCAGAAGCAGGACCCCGGCUGCUGCUGUGUGGAACAGUUUUCACGGACACGGCACGGACCUCCUCACCUUGUGGAUCAGGAAGAUGAUGGGCUUUCUGCGCCGGACGUUCAGCCGCCGCUCCCGGAGCCGCUUCCAGACGAGAGAGAGGGACGAGCGGGACGGUAAAGGAGGAGGAGGAGGAGGAGGGGGAGGAGGAGGGGCAGGAGGGGUGACUGGGAACCCCCUGCUCCUGGCACAUCAGCAGCAGGUCGUACACGCGCCCGCCGUGGUCACCGGGGGAGCGGCGGUCCACAUCCCGGCGGGCGGGACGGCGAGGACCACCAUCACCUGCCGUGUCCUGCUGCUGGACGGCUCCGAUGUCAAUGUGGAUUUGCCUAGUAAAUCCAAAGGCCAGGACCUUUUUGACCAGAUCAUGUACCACAUAGAUCUGGUGGAGUCGGACUACUUCGGAUUGCAGUUCAUGGACACAGAACAAGUCUCGCACUGGCUGGAUAUGACCAAGCUUAUAAAGAAACAGAUCAGAGACGGGCCUCCUUACAGACUGUUCUUCAGGGUGAAGUUUUACUCUUCGGAGCCAAAUAACCUGCGUGAGGAAUUUACAAGGUAUCUGUUCGUGUUGCAGCUUCGACAAGAUAUUCUGUCUGGCAAAUUGAAAUGUCCGUACGAUGUCUCAGUAGAGCUGGCGGCAUAUUGUUUACAAAGUGAGCUGGGAGACUGUGAUCCCUUGGAGCACUCUCCUGAGCUGGUGUCCGAGUUUCGUUUCACUCCCAAACAGAGCGAGACCAUGGAGGCGGACAUCUUCAGCAGGUGGCUGGAUCUCAGGGGAAAGAGUCCGUCUCAAGCAGAGAUUUCUUUUCUCAACAAAUGCAAGUGGCUGGAACUUUAUGGAGUAGAUAUGCACUUUGUCAAGGGCAGAGAUGGAGGGGAAUAUGCACUAGGUCUCACUCCAACUGGUAUUUUAGUAUUUGAAGGCUCCAACAAAAUCGGCCUCUUCUUUUGGCCCAAAAUCACUCGUCUGGACUUUAAAAAGAGUCGACUCACGUUGGUCGUGGUGGAGGAUGACGAUCAGGGUCGCGAGCAGGAGCACACGUUUAUGUUCCAGCUGGCCAGCUCCAAGAGCUGCAAACACCUGUGGAAGUGUGCGGUUGAGAGCCAUGCCUUCUUCCGCCUGCGCCAGCCAACCACAGGCAAGGCCAGCCGCAGUGACUUCACACGACUCGGGUCGCGCUUCAGAUUCAGCGGUAAGACAGAGUAUCAGGCCACUCACGGAGGCAGACUGAGGAGAGCCAGCACAUUCGAGCGAAGGCCAAGCAAGAGAUACCCCUCCCGCACACAGUCGCUGGGCAAAGCUGCCAUUUCUCCAGCCAAGCCACACAUCAGCUCUCACGCCAGCCCUGAUCCCAGCCUACAUCCAUACCGGCACAACAUUCCUAUUGGCCACGAGCCGUGGCACCCGCCCCACCCAGCUCUCACGCCUCCAGUUUACCUGCAGCCCUCCGGACACACGCCAUCACACAGUUUCCCUCUGAGCGGUCCUGCUUCAGACCAUCAGUUCAGUGUUGAAGAGAAUGAGACUUCGUAUUCUGGCAAGAUCCACCACCAUCACCGUCGCCACACACACAGCCAGGACACGCUCUGCCACACACACACCAAGAACAAACGUCGAGCUCCUCCCUGCCCUGCAGAUGAGUUGGACAUUUCUCAGUCUCUGCUCAAAGCUCUGGAGUCAGACAGCGAUUCUCCUCCCUGGCCUUCGCUGCACGUCAACAUGGACAAGGGAGAGGAGAAGCAGCUGUCUGAGAAGUCUCUGCACCCUCCUGCCUCUCCGGCGAUGCUCCCUGAUCAUCUUAAGUGUAACAUCCUCAAGGCCCAGAUGGAGGCGGCUUUCAGGAAGGAAGCUCCAACAACACCCAGAGGGAAGAACUUAAAUGAGACCCUCAAUGACAGGUAUCAGAGCUCGUCGCAAGACUCGGCUGCAUCCAGUCUGACCGCAGACAAGACGCCACAUCGGCAAGACCGCAACCCAACGCCAGAGAGGCUGCAGCCCAAAGCCAACGCGAGCAGCAACCGCAGGAAACGACUGGUCAGACAGUUCAGCUUUAACCAUGAAGAUGAAGAUAAUCUCCCAGAAGCACUUGCAGCCAUCUCCUCCCAGAGUACAGGAAAGUCAGGAUCGACCAGCUCAUUGGACAAACAGAUACAGCCGUCUAUAUACCCACAGGUGGAUAAUAUGCCGUCACUGGAGCUUGGUAGUCCGUGCUGUCCCUCUCCUUUGCCUUCUCCCCAUCUUUCCCCUUCUUACUACCGUAGCUCCAUCCCUCACCUGGCCCCUUACCUUGCUGCCCAUAAUGACAGCGGAGAGGAAAUGAGGUUGGACCGAGAGAAGAUACUGAGAGCCCUCCUGAUGACGGAGCUCUGAGACCUUGACCCUUGUGACAUCACCACCAGGCGCAGCAGACCUGCUGUCAAGUGAGGAAAGUAGAGGCAGAGGAGCCAAAACCGUUUGCUGCAGUCGACAUUUGUACAUUUGCAUAAAACAUUCAGCAGUUAUAAAUAUAUAUUUGCAUAAAGGCAAUUGUUAUAUUUGCUUAAUUGUUAUUUUAGAGGGACGGUUCUUUAUAUUCAUCAAACUGAAACUGUAAAAACUGUAAGUGAGACAGAGGAAAGUGGACUCACUGACUGACUCACACACGUUACAGACAAGCUACAGAUGUGAUUGGUGCUGCCUGCAUGAUGAAUAUGUUACAUGAUGAAAUAUUUAUCUGAUUUGCUUUGGGGUUAUGUUUAACUUUUAUGUCAUCAGCACAUCAACACCGUGUCCACGUUGAUGCCUAAACUGUAUUUCAGACAGCGACUGUUGAAGCACUGAUCUCUACACUUUAAAACAAACAGAGGUUGAAGUGAAACUCAAUUCACUUUCAAAUCAUUUUUUUCAAAAUGUAAAUAGACAUUGUAAUUAAUAUGCUGAUAACAGAGCAGGCGUUGUAAAUGCUUUCUUCCUUACGUCCAUUUUUAAGAUGCCAAAACAUUUGCAGCAUUUGAGUAACUUCCUGAACAGAGUGAAUUGAAAGUGAAAUGAAUCCUGACUCUGUGUAGGAGAUGUUGAGACUGGACUGGCUUGAGACUGUGCAGCUGCAGUCUCAGUGUGACCACCAGAAGGAGACAAAUCUGCAGUCACAGCUGUGCACAUUGAUCCCGCGUUACAGGUCGUGGAUCACUAUUUUUCUACAUGCAGUUUUCAUCACAGGUCAAAAUGCAAAACUGAUCUCAGACGUCCUGUUCUUGGAAAUAAGCUCUUGUUUAAGCAUAACCCUGCUGCUCAACAACUUUACUUCAACCACAUCUGAGGCGGCUGAUGAUCUGCUGCUGUACUGUAUGUGUUGAUUGUGUUGUUCCUGCCCACGGUUGGAUCUUAA